GUGCAGGUGUACCAGAGGGAGAUGCGCUGAUCUGAUCUGGUGUGAAAGUCAGGUGGGGAGGAAAGAGGGGUCUCCCUGCAGGAAGCAUAUUCUGCAUCUUGAACAUCUCCCACUGUUUCUGUGUGAAUUUAGGAACUGCUUCUUGGCAGCCUGGAUCACAGAUGUCUGUUUUCUAAAAUCAUGUGGGUUAUUUCCCUUUGUUAAUAACACACACAUAUUUUCUUGUGGGCUGACAACGCGCUCAGCUUUCUGAUGAAGACUGCAAAUGCUUUUGAAUGCUUCCGAUAUCAGAGGCAAGGAAAUAUUUUCUUCAGGAGCCUGGGAAAACAUUUAGUCUAGGAGUGUUGUAACAAUAGGAAAGCUACUAGAAUAAGCUUGAAUGAGUUGUUCAUCCUGGGAGAAACCAAGAAAUAGCUGAAAGCAGUUCCCACUGCUUCUGUGGGGCACACACCCUUACUUAAAUCAGAGUUGGUAAAUCUAAGAUUAUUUGAUUAUGUAAGGUGCAUAGGAGUGUCUAAUAUAUUGACUGCGUUUGCACAUCACAGUAAACCAGAACUCUGGAGAGUUCUGCCUUACCAUGAAUGAAUGAGCAUGGUGGUACCCAUGGCCUGACAUCACAUUGUCUGUGGUUUACUUAUUAGGAUUGUCGUGAUUCCCUUGGGGGUGUUCCUCUUCCAAGAAAAAUCUAGAGCCCUUAGGAGUCAGGUGUCUCAUGCUCUCUGAUUGAACCCUGCUGCUUUAUACCUUCUCACCUACUAGAUCUAACCAUGGGAUAUCUUGUAGGCGCACAGCUCAUUUUGAAUUGUAAAGAGCUGUUUGUGUUUUAAGCUUUCGCAAGAAUUCAAGUGUAAAUCUUAAAAGCAGAGCUGAACAACAUUUAAGGCAAAGAUCUAAAGUUUGGAGCUGUGUGUUCCAUGGGUUUGAAGAGCACCCCUGAAAUGCACACUUUCUCGAGAGUAAGCCCUGUUUAAUGUACAUUUCGAAAACCCUUAGAAGAUUCUGCUCUGCAUUUCUUAGACUGCAGCCUCCCUGUGUUUAAUACCACAGAAAUCAAAGGGAGUUUCAAAAGCAGUUGUGACAUGGAGGAAACACAUGAGUAAGUUUAUUGCAGGGGCCUCAUGUUCCAUCGGUGCACCAAUGUGAGAACCUGUAUUGAAAUGUUGACUUUUUCUCUUUGGGUUGUGGAUAUAAACAGCUUUCAAUUUAAGCGCCAGACUGAUCACCAAAGGUGAUCACCAGUUGUAUAGAGGUGAGUAAGUAAGCUAGCAGAGGGAGGCAUGCAGCACCUAGGCCUUCUCCUUGCUGGCACAGAAAUUCAACAGGGCGCUCUAAGAGGAAUGGAGCUCUCCGUUCUCCUUCAGUCUAUCCAUGGUGGACUAGUAGAUACUUUUGCAGCUUAGCGACUUUUGUGGACUUAAGUACAAGUCUGAUACAAAAUGUUAUGCUAGAUUUCUUGCUGAUGAAGCAACAAGACACUUGUGUGUUUCAUAACAGUGGUUGUGUCUGGAUACUUUAUCAGCCUGUUUGUGGAGGAAGCAGAUUCCUCCCUGCUCCAUCCUUCUCUUUCUUGCCUUCCCUUGCCGCCAGUUCCUUCAUACCACAAACCCUCCAACAUUUCACAAAGGGAAAUCAAAACAGAUUUGUACACUUGGAGAAGCUCCUGUUUUGGCCUCAAAUAAUGUUUCCAAAGGCCCUUCUUUGCAUGCUUGCUGUAUCCUAAGGGAGGGGCAGAGACUGUGUGUUGAGAUACUGUUCUGUCUUCCCCCAGUGUCUCCGUGCCUCCCAAGAAGAUAGAAGUUGCCAAACUUCUCCUGAGAGCAGCCAGAGAAGAAUGAUGUGGGUUGGGCUUCCUUCUGCCUGAACUGAUGGUUAAAGAACCUCACUCUCUUGAUAAUGAGCAGCCUUCUUGGAAUUACUGGAGAAAGAAAUGGUGAUAUGGAUCUGUGAAGUCCUAUGCAUUCAAGGCGGUCCUGCUGAAGGCAAACAUGCUUUGGAGGCUUCUGAAAUGCUCGUAUUGCCAAGGACCUUUCUCCUAGAGAGCUUCCUGUAGUGGAUUCACCCUGGGCCAAAAUUCCUCAGGCUUGUUCAACUCCUGAUAGUGUCUCUGAUGCUCUGCACUUUCAUUGUGGAUUAUCAGUCAAUGGUGCUGGAAGAUGGGGCUAUAGCUUCUUGAUAGCAAUCCUGGAAGGUGGAUUGUGCCUCAUCCCUUCUUUCUCCUGGUGUGGAAUUUACACAUUUCUUCUAUUUUCCCCUUUCCUGCCCUUCUACCUCAAAAACCUGCUUUGAAAAAGUGUAAACAUUUUCCAGAAACAGUUAUCCAAAAUGACAAGUCUGUUCCGAAGGAGCAGCAGCAAUGGCAGCUCAAGGAACAACUCCUCUGCCCAGGAACUUAACAACAACCGUCCUGCAAGGCAAGUCCGGCGGCUGGAGUUUAACCAGGCCAUGGAGGAUUUCAAGACUAUGUUUCCCAACAUGGAUUAUGACAUCAUUGAAUGUGUCUUGAGAGCCAACAAUGGUGCCGUGGAUUCCACCAUCGACCAGCUGUUACAGAUGAACCUGGAUGGCAGUGGAUGUGAGGACAGCACAGAUUCAGAGGAUAGCAUUCCACCGGAGAUCUUGGAACGGACUCUGGAACCAGACAGUUCAGAUGAAGAGCCCCCUCCCGUUUAUUCUCCUCCCUCCUAUGACAUGCAUGUGUUUGACAGACAGUAUCUGCAGGCGCCUCCAACACCGCCGCCCAGGAUUGAUAUCCAAAAUCCCAGCGGCCCCCAGGCACUGCGGCGGUACAGGAAUUGGAAUCCACCAUUACUAGGCAACCUGCCCGACGACUUCCUCCGCAUCUUGCCCCAGCAAAUGGACAGGAUACAGAGUUCACAGAGCUGCCCUCAGAGCAUACCAAGCCCAGGAACCCAGAGAGCCCAGGGCUCCACAGACCAGGAGAGAAAGUGGAAGCAGUACCUGGAAGACGAGCGGAUCGCGCUCUUCCUGCAGAAUGAAGAGUUCAUGAAGGAGCUGCAGAGGAACCGGGACUUCCUCCUGGCCCUCGAGAGAGAUCGGCUAAGGUAUGAGUCCAAGAAAUCCAAGAUGAGCAGUGCGGCUGUCAGCAGUGAUGCUGGUUUCUCCUCUGUAUUACCAGAUGAUGUCACUCGCUCCUUAACCGGCAUGUCCAGUGGUGCUGUCUCCGAAGAUGCCUUAUUCAGGGACAAACUGAAACACAUGGGAAAAUCUACACGCAAGAAGCUUUUUGAACUCGCCAGGGCUUUUUCAGAGAAGACCAAAAUGAGGAAGUCAAAAAGAAAACAGCUGUUGAAGCAUCAAAUGAUGGGGACUGCAGCCUCAACAGCUAAUCUUCUGGAUGAUGUUGAAGGACAUUCCUGCGACGAAGACCCCCAAGCAAGGAGACGGCAAUUACCUGUAGAAGAAGAACCAUCAAAAGAAGUGCAGUAGGGUAAUUUGAGACCCCGAGCUGGCAGUUCUUUCAAAAAAAGAGCAGGUAAAUAAGGUGAGAGUCAGAAGAUGGCUGACAAGGAAGAUGAAUUUGGGGCUGGUGCUUGCGUUGUCAGUUCCUGAACUAGAAGCAUUAUAUCAAGGCACACGAUGCUUUCUUACCAACGGGUUUGAAAACAGUUCCAGAGGGUUUUUUCCCCUCCGUGUUCUCCAAUCUGAGGAAUUCAGAAAAAAAACACACACAGCAGGGUAGAGAUAAAAUUAACAUCUUCCCUGAUUUUUUCUACAACAGUCUUUGCAGCUGGAGAAUGACUUUCAAGCUACAGAUGGGUCAAAGCCCUGUCUUUCUUUGUCAUACAGUGCUGUUCAGAUGUAUGAAUGAAAAAUAAUACUCAAAAGUGGAUUUUGGCCUGACAUUUUCAAACCAUAUCUCCUUAACUAACAGAUACGUGUGACCAGUUACAGAAUGGCUUCACAAUGUUGAUGUAUUGUUCAUAGUAUUAUUUUAUGUUAUAUUAUUAUUAUAAUUAUAAUUAUAUAAUUAUUGCUGCUAAUAGAAGAUAUGCCCAAAUCAAGAUAUCUGGUUAUCCAUUAUCAGAAUAUAAUAAGCUUCUCUACAUGAAAAGGCAUUUCUGCCAAUCCCUGUCGCCACCAGAAAAAUGUUUUAUGAUGGAUUCAUCAUUUCAUUGGUCGAUUGAUGCUUGUUUGAAAAAAGCAACUUAAAAUUGAUGUUUGCCCACCUUUGGUCACUUCCCCCCUCAUGGUGUCAGCGUGAUUCCUCUUCUAGCUUAGUAUUCUUAUUGCUCAGAGGUAAGAGUGAAAGAUAGCAUUGGUGUGAAGGAGUGUAUUCUGUGUAUCCCCCCCCCCCUUUGUGUUUCUGUUAAUUGGGUCUCCUGAAGGACAUUGGCAUGAGAACCUGUUGUUUUUUCCCCACGUGGAUGAGGUCAUCUUUGACAGCCUGGCAGUUGAGUAGAAAUGAUGCACCGAAUUGGGCCUGUGCAUGUGGUCCGAGUUAUCAGAGUUUGCCUCAGAAAAGCAAGUGUGAAGGGGCCCUUCGCAUGCAAAGCAGUUGAAGGGUUGCAGUUGAUUCAUCCCACACUCGGUUUACAGUACGAUGAGGGAGCCCUCGGCAAUCGCAGUUUCCAGGUAGCGCCUCUUUUGUCAUUGUCUUCGGGGAUGAAAAGACUUGAACGAUAGGAUUCUAUAGCUCAGUGGCAGAUUCAGAUCGUAGCGUCUCUGGAUAGAAGGUUUUGCCUAAGACCUUUGAUUACUGUCGCCAAAAUAUUUGACUGGUUAGAACAACAGCCUGACUAAGGGCCAGUUCUCUCAUCAUGGGUUAAUUAAUCAAGGAUUUAUUGAUUUAUGGGGGAAGUGCACCUCCUAAAAGCCCCUUUUGUUUUCCGUGAACAACCUGUCAGCUUGAUUGGAGGUAGUGAGACUCACAUGCAAAGCUAGGUGGUUGGGUUGCUUAGGGUCUAAAAACUUAGUAGUUAACACAACAAUGAACCAUGGGUUAACCACUGGGUUGUUUAGCCCCUAGACAACCCUUUUGUUUUGGGUUCACAUGUUGGGUGCCACUUUAAAUCUCUACCUUGAGUCAGGAUGGCACUAAUAAUCCUGAAACUGUGAGCUAAAAGCUGCCAUGGCUAUUUCACUGCUUGCCCUUCUAUGGAUGAUGUCUGUUUGUAUCAACUGCUAGUAACAAUCAAAGCUAGGAAAGGUGAGGAUCUUGGUCUUGCUGGUCCUUUCAGACCUUGCUGAGCAGGUACUAGGGAUCAACAGACACAGUCUGAUCUUGUAUCAAGUUUCUGUGGUGCCCAAGGUUUGUUUGAAAUGCUCCUUUGUCUUGCUCUCUGGAAUCAUAUUGCCAAUACAGUUCUUACCGCUUGGUGUUUGUAUUUUCAAAAAUGUGGCUAUCAGAUGCCAAAUUUUUGGCAGGGUUUGGUGAGAUUGUCUGUUGCUUUAAAGCACAGAGAGAUCAGUGAGGCUUAAGCAAGAGGGAGGGGUAGGGGGAACCCUGAAUGAAGGGCUGUGUUCUUUGCAGGGCAAAAGUGACGUCAGCGCAACUUAGACAAAAGUUCAGCCACUUGGACUCUGCAGCUCGGCCUGGGACGAGGUCCAAGUUUCCACACCGUUGUGAAAUGCUGUUGCUUAAAAAGAACUUCAAACUGUAGAGGCAGCCAGACAUUAAUAGUUCCCUUUUUUGGGAAGCAAAUCAGGAAAGCCUGCAGAGGCACACAGAGCCUUUGCAUAAAACCCUCUUCUCCCAGUUAGAAAGUGUGCAAGUUGCUUAGGACAAACCCAGCGAUCGCCACAGGAAAGAAACUGCCGCAGAACCAGGGUGCACUCGUACCCCCUCGCUCCCUCCUCUGUCAUUGCCAGUCGAACAAGCAGCCAGCUGCUCUCGCUUCUUCCCCGGAGCUGCUUUCUUUAAACCCUUGGAAAGAGCUCAGCUUUUGCAAUUGGAGCCGCUGCUUUGAAAGUUCCAGUGUUUGGUGGCCGCUUCACAGGGUUCGCUUUUGAGACUUUUCCAUAAGGGUUUUUUCCCUUUAAUUUGCAGCUGGCAAGAACACCCAUCACCUAGGCCUGAGGAGCGAGUGCGUGUUUACUAGGAGUUGCUUGCUACAGAGUGGCUGCUUCGCAAACGCGGGGGAUCGGGCGACAAGGGCAGGUGGACACGUGUCCAUCCUCAGAAGAGAGGCGUCUGUGCCUUUCGUGUCUAGCAUGCAAUGCAGCACCCCUUCUCCAAGCAAGAAGAAAAGGGGUGUGAAAAGAGGAAGGCAUUCCUCUUAUGGUAAUACAGAAGAGUAGGCCUUUGCUGUAGCAUUUCACCUCCUUUUAGCUGGAGACCAGUUUCAGAGCAGCAGUUGGAGUAUUGGACUGGGAUUCAGGAGAUUCCUUAUUCAGCCAUGAAAUUCACUGGGCAAGCCACUGAUUCUUAGCCUGGCCUACCUCACAGGGUUGCUGUGAGGAUAAAAUGGAGAGGCAGAAGCGGAUUUGGUUCCUUGCAGAAAGGAGGCAGGAAAGAAAUUUAUUAUAACCAGUUGUCCAUUUGGCCGUUUACUAUCCCAAAAUGGGUUGUUGCAAAGCCUUACCAUAGCCUUCCCCAACCCAGUGCCCUUCAGACUCAUGGGACAUUUCCUGCUGGGAAUGAAUGGGAGUUGUAGUCCAACAGGCUAGAUAAAAGCCCCAGCUUCUUCCUUGCCCCUGGAUUGGCCCCGGGAUGCAGAUGCUAUUUUCAUGUGGGAGGGCGGAUGUGACCCAGGACCUUCCAGGAGCUGACCCCUCUGCUCAGCCAGUCCCAACGCCAUGUUUGCUCUGUCUCCCUGGCCCUUGGGGCUGGGGCAGUUCCCCUGUGAGGGAAGGCGACAACAUCUGGGUCGCUUUGCUUAGGAAAAAGUAGAGUGAGGGGAGACAUGAGAGGGGUCUGCAGAAUCAUGCACGGCAUGGAGAAAGCGGGGAGGGAGAGCUCGCUUUCUCUCGGGACACCGAAACCCAGCGAGGUCACUCCAGGAAGCCGAUGGCGGUAGAUUCAGGACAGAGAAAGGGAAGGAUGCUCUUCGCUCAGCACUUAGCGAAGCUGUGGAAUUCUUCGUGUUGAGGCCAAAAAAAAAAAAAACCCCUCUUGUUCGUCAUGUGACCGUGAAAGGGAGAAGCAACAACAGCAAGUCAUUCUAUAUAUAUAUAUAAAAGGACUCUUGAAUGUGCGCCAUAAGCCAUAGAGGACAAACCCAUCUCCAGCGAGGAGCAACUGCCACAGCGAUGCUCCCGGCACAUUUUUAUCAUGAGUGGUAACAGAAAACAUCAGAGCAGGAAACAUUACUCAAUAAAAGCAGGACACAUCCAUUGAACAGGGAGAACAUCAUCAAGAGGAAACAUUCCGUUACUUUUGUACACGGUUAUCUUGACCCACACUUCCUUUUAGGAUAUUUUGUGUCAAAACAUCUGCCUCCAGGCUUAUUUUUACGAAUUCUGACCUCCUUGGCAGAGGUUUAUGUUAUAUUUUUGACCCGCUUGUGUCUCUCUGACGUACCAUUAAGCAACUGACCCUUGUUUUUGGUCCUCGGGAACAAUUCUGUUCUUUCAGUUGCCACAAGAUUUAAGGAUGGGCUCCAAGUUGCAUGGCUUUAAAAAGGGACCGAACAAAAUCCCGGAGGAGAAGGCGAUCUGGGGCUCAUGGUCCAAAUGCCCAUAUGCUACUCCAGCAUUAGAGGCAAUAUCCCCAUGUACACAAGGUGCUGGGGAACAUGGGCGUGAGGGUGCUCUUGCGCUCAGGUACUGCUUCUUGGACAGCAGUGGGCAGAAAGCUCGCCUGGAGAAAUGCAUGGUCUAAUUCAGGAGGGGUUUUCUUGUGUUCAUCAGCUUGUAUGGCGAUCCUUCUGCACCCAGGCUUGGGCUGCUGCUGCUGCUGCUUCUGUUUGCCAUGCCAUUUUAUCUCCUCCGUAUCCGGCCUUGAAGCAACGAUUAAUUGAUGUCUGGCUAUGAAUGCUGUUCGUCUGACGUCACCCGAUCCACGGGGAUUCCCAGGAGUCUGUGUGGUUGCGCCAUGAGUCCUGAUCCAGGAAAGGCACGAUCAGGAGUCCUCCUGGCUACAGACAUGGUGUCUGUGUCACUUCUCCCACAUCCCUGCCCUGUGCGCUCCCGCUAUUUCCAAAGGAAGCCCCAGCACAGAUGAGAACAUGCAUUUUUGUGAUGCUUCACAAGGCCAGUUUGGAUCAGGUCCAAGGUAUAGCGAUACAUGUUGAAGUGCAGGUACUCAUCCUAUCAGAGCAACCCCCUCCAGGAAGGACCAAAAAUUGAGGCAGCUGUGGCAAGCCAGUUUUCAUCUAUCCUGGGAACAGAUCUUUUGUGAAGCUAGUGACUGCGUUCAGACAGCAACUCGGCCUUUGAGUGUGGGUUGUCAUUUAAUCAUGGGUUAUUGUUGAAAGGUAGGUUGUUGCAUUGUCUGAACCCAGCUCAGAUAACAAACUCUUGAGAAUGACUCACAACCCAACAAACCACAGGUUCUCUUCAUGGGCUGUUUGUGAUUAACAAGCCGUGGCCUGCUUACCCAGUUGGGUUCAGGCAACACAAUAAUCACAAUACCCUUGAAUGUGGUUUGUCUGAAUCCAGUGGGCCUUAACAGCUUGUUCAAGUCCAGAUCACUCCAGAGUAACUUGCAGGAUAACAAGAACCAGUAUAGUACUGUUGGAAAUACUUCUCUCCCGUCCUCCUCCGGCUAUGUGAAAAUUAAAGCUAAGCUCAGAGGAAAAGGGGAAUUCUGAAGAGGUGACAGAUGACAUCAAGUCCUCACUAAGGAAAAAGUACCAGUCCAUGAAUCCUGUGAGCCCCUGGUUCCACAACUCCAUUUCCCAAGUCUCGGCAGUCAUUCACAGCAACAUGGAUGUUAUUUUAAGCCACACUGAGGUGGCUCUGUAUGACCUUGUUCCAACCCUAAAAAGUGCAAAAGUCAUGCGGCAUCUUAAAAAGUAGGAACACCAUUGUGGCCAAAGCAGAAUUCUCCAAUUUUUCCAGAAGGCCAGAUAGAAUAAAAGCCCCUUGGUGACAUUUUGAAAUCAUUUAGUCAUUUAGAGAUGGGCAGAGACAGAACGGUUUGAAAUCUUGCAGCUGGGUCAAACUCUUCAGCCAUUUGGACAUGCCCUUGGAAUACAUGCCUGAGAAAGGCUGUUCUUUUCCGAUUUCCAACUCUGAUGUAAAUGCAUCUUAAAUGCCACCAAGAUGGGCUCAAAAGCUGGGCUGCAUCCUUCCUUUCAAACAAUGUACAAUCCUUCAUAAUGUUUGUAUUGCUUUCUUUAAAAAAAAAAACUUUUUUUAAAAAAAGGAAAGCAACCAACAGCAACAAAGACUUCUGUGAUGUGUGUGUGUGUGUUGCAAUUUUAGAAUUUAUUUGCAUACACAAUUUUUUAAAAAUGUUUAAUAGUAAUUCAUAUAAUAAAGUCACGUUGUACUCUCUUAAA